GUCAUUGCCCACGUGAGCGUUGAACUUUACAACUUGUUUCCCAGGCUGUUCAGAUGGAUAAAAGCCCGACAGGUGGUAUUAAAAAAUGUGGAGAAUACUGUAAAAGAUGUGAAGGAUUUAAUCCAGUCUCUGAAGGAGAUGCUGAACCGUCAGCUGUACAGAGGACUCGUGGACUGUUUUCUAAUUCAGAAGCAAAGACAAGAGGAUUCUUGUACUGUGAACACUCACUUCAACGAGGAAAACUUGAUAUUCACAGUCGCCAACUUGUUUUCUGCUGGCACCAACACCACAGCUACGACGUUGAGAUGGGGCUUGCUGCUGAUGGCCAAAUAUCCACAUAUUCAAGACAAAGUUCAGGAGGAGCUGGCCAGGGUGAUCGGAGGACGUAAAGUGCGGGUAGAUGACCGGAGGAACUUGCCAUUCACUGAUGCUGUCAUCCAUGAGACACAGAGACUAGCGAACAUCGUCCCCAUGUCUCUUCUGCAUAAAACCAGCCGGGAUGUUGCUUUCCACGGGCACUUUAUCAAAGAGGGAACAACUGUGCUUCCUCUUCUUAGUUCUGUCCUGUACGAUGAGAGUGAAUGGGAGACCCCUCACGUGUUCAACCCUUCCCACUUCCUUGACAAGCAGGGUCCAUUUAUCAGGAGAGAUGCCAUCCUAGCCUUUUCCGCAGGACGGAGGGUGUGUCUCGGAGAGAGUCUGGCUAAGAUGGAGCUCUUCCUCUUCUUCACCUCCCUCCUCCAGCAUUUUCGUUUCACUCCACCGCCAGGAGUUUCAGAAGAUGAACUUGAUCUGACACCAGCUGUGGGGCUCACCAUCCCUCCUUCACCUCAUGAUCUGUGUGCUGUCAGUCUGCAGUGA